GCCCUGCCUCCAAUCAAAGGUUGUUGGGCGUUGCAAUUAACUACGGCCAGCUAUUACCUCAUGUAGAUAUAUCCGUCUCCUUACGUUGGACUGCGUUGUUGUAUCUGUGGAGUGAUUUGGAAGCUAGGUAGGGCUGCACCUACAGUACUUCAUGAGUUAAUGACUUUAUGUGUCCAGCCCAUUCAAGUUCACUGGUGAAAUGAGGCUGUUUGGGAGGAGGAAAUGGCUUCCUAUCAUGUUCUGCACUGUCGUAUCGAUAAUAGUAGUCGUUGUGCUUGUGAUAAGAAGCAUGCCGCCAACUAUAAAACACCAAAUUUUACCUAGAGGUGGCUGGUUGAAGUGUCCUGGCUGCCAUAAUCCUGACUCCUUGCCAAUGUCUGAGCUUGACUCCAACCUGUUGCUCAUUCUUGUCCAUUCUUCGGUCAAUAGAAAGGACAGAAGAGAUGCCAUCAGAUCAACAUGGCUGGCUGACUACCAGGUGUCAGCAAAGAGCUCUCCUGUCCACUACAGUUUUGUCCUUGGUGGUUUUAAUCUCUCAUCUGAAUGUUCGGAGCAGUUGCAAGAAGAAUCAACAAGACAUAACAAUGACAUAAUGAUUAUUCCGUCCAAUCCAGAUAAUUAUCAUGACCUAACUCAGCGGACGAUCGAGAGUUUUCAAACGGCCGUAAAACAAUUUGAUUUUUCGUAUGUACUGAAAUGUGAUGAAGACACUUACGUUGAUGUGCCAAGACUUGCAUCCAAGCUACAGCGUAGAAGGAAAAAUCCCCUCAAAAAGGAAGUCCCCCUCUAUUGGGGAGAAAUGUUAACAUGGAAGAUAUUCAGCGGUGGCCUCCAUGGAGAGAAGCAUUUUGCUGUCUGUGAGCGAUACCUACCGUAUGCACUGGGCGGAGGCUAUGUUCUGUCGAGAGACUUAGUCGAAUUGUUAGUUCAGAGUGCACCCUAUCUACGUCACUAUGUCGCUGAGGAUGUGUCGGUAGGGGCAUGGCUGGCUCCUUUCAAUUUUCAAUACUUACACGAUACAAGAUUCGAUACUGGUAGCGAAAGUCGUGGUUGUAAAGAUCCGUACUUGGUGACUCACAAAAUCAGCCCCAAGCAGAUGUAUUCAUAUCACAAUGUAUACAAGAAGGAUGGAAGGUUCUGUUCACGCAGAAAUAGAGACAAAGGCAUAAGCGGUCAUAUCUAUGAUUGGACGGCAAUACCAUCUAAGUGUAUUGAUUACUCUGAACAUUUGCCAUGAAUUUCAAUUUUUUUAUAUAUUUUGCUAAUAAGAAAAUUAUACACAUGUUAAUAAAAAAUUAAAAAGAAAGAUCAACUAC